UACGUGAGCAAGAUUACAUACAUGUCUUUACGACACACUUUCAGAUAUUAAUCUAAAAGAAUGCUUUUUACAAUUAUCUGCACAACCUCUUUAUCUAGAUGUGAACAUAUUCCAAAAGCGAAAUAAAAUUUCCUUCGUCCACGCGAUCAAAGGUAUCUCGAUCGUAAGCUUCCAUAUAAAGCUCCUAAGGGAAACAAAAGGGUUCCGACGCAGGGCAAUCGUGUCUCUACGGGCAAUGGUUCCACGAAUAUCGCGAACGUCCCAAUUUCCUCGAGGUUUCCCGUGGAAUUCGAGCGAACGAAAAACAAGAUCAAGAUCCCCGUACAGCGCGGUUCAAAAGAGGCAAGGCACAGUAUCCCGAGCAGUGGCAGCAAGCUGUGGCGCGUCGUCUCUGAUAUAUUUACGCGAACGGGGAGACUUCGGUAAAAUGGUGGCAUCGGUCCAGCAGCCACGUUACGGAAAUAGAUUUCGGCUGGUGGCGAUGCAACCAGCUCUCCUUCUAGACGAGGCAGCCAGUACCGUGACGACCAGUUCCCGAGGAAAAUCGGAGAAAUCGCCUCCGUGUGGUCCCACAUGAAUAACCCGGGAGCUGAAAAAUGGCGCCCGAUGGCCAUCUCGAACCCAUCGACCCGAUUGCGCAUGGCAAGGUCCAUGCCUCACUGGGUACUGGCGCAGCAGCAGAAGGAAGCGGAACAGCAGCAACGACGACCACCGACCCCACCGAAGAUCCCGCCACCGUCGCUCUCCGGGGACUGUGGUGACCCGGACUACGAAAUCAUCGAAUUUCCGACCCGACCGCAACCUCUAAAAUCCUCGACAGCCAUCAGCAAGUGUGCCCUAUGCGGCACGGAGAACGUGUUCGCCCGUUGCGACACCUGCAACGGCAACUAUUGCGAGGCCUGCGACGACAUGAACCACAAGCACCCCAAGAGAAAGGGCCACGUACGAAGAAGAAUCCUGACGGAUUUCGCGAUGAAGACGCGACCACCUUUGCCACCGAAAGGAGAGAACCUGUCGAGUCCACCGCCGAUCCCUCCGCCCAGACGAAACCGCAAGAACGCUCAGGCUAAAUCGACGCAAAACCAGGGAUCCACGAAUCUCUCCUUGAUCGAGAGAGUCGGCAGUUUGAAGCGAAAUCUACCGAAUACCGCCAGGCCGCUCUCUGCCACCCUAGACUCGAAAAUGGUCUCGAAAUCCAUGCACUCCGUCAACUCACCCCCUACUGACGGAUCCGCGUCCGGAACAGGCACUGACAAGAUGUCCACCCUUCAGGAGAGAUACAGAAAAUACCAAGAAGCAAUGAGGGCACAGGAUGCGAAUAGAAGAAGACACGCUUCCUCUGACGUUUCGAGAGACACAUUAAACACAAGGCCAGUGAGCUUAGGCAGCCCGAAACUGGCGCCUCCGGUUCCACCUCCGCCCCCGCCUAGAUCUAUGAUGCAGUCCACCAGCGUUUGCGAUUUAUCGUCGCCUCAUAUGUGGAAUCCUGGAAUGCAUCAGACCCAAUCGAUGGCACAUCUCGGCCCAGGAGGAGUGCCCAUGAUGUGGUACCCACCAAAUGCCCCAUGGGAUAUGUCCAUGGGUGGUUCCACGAUGAGUCUGAACCAAGCAAUGCCAUGGGGCUACCCCAUGGGAUAUCCCCCGUCGCAAAUGCUUCCACCAUACUAUCCAACCUCCCUAUCGAGACCUCACAGCCCCGCCAGAAGCGUAAAAUCCACCAGAAGAUCGAGAGCAGUUUCACCGUCGCCCAGUAUAAAAUCCAGAAAAUCGCUGGCCUCCAGAUCGCGAUCCAGAAGAUCCCAGGGAUCACCCUCCGACGCUAGCUCGGAGGAUUCGGGAGAAUCGGAUUUCGAUGACAGACUUUCGCGGAGCUCCAGAAGUAGACGCGGAAGCGUGUCCAGGAGUGUCAGACAGAGAAGCUACCAUGAAGACGAAGGCGGUAGAGGCUUGUUACCUAGAAAUCGUCGCGAACGACUAAUGUCGGAAGAGAGGAUGACGAGCACGGAGGAUCAGUGGUCCGAGAGUCACCCGACUAAACGGUACCCGCCAUCGUCGCGAGGUUACGACGACUUCCAGAAGAGCACGCUGAAUUCUCGACGACGAUACGACCAGGACGAACGCAGGCUCUCGAAACCUGAUUUGCGAUUGGAUCGCGUUCAAAACGGCAAUUAUCGUCGAAGACGAAGCACCGACGAAGAGUCGUCGGACCGUCGAGGCACGUUACCGGCUCGAUCCAGAGUGACUAGUUCCUCGGACGACCACUUCGACAAGGCAGAAGUAUCUGCUCGAAGAAAAGAAGACGACAUCCCCGCGAAAAGAGCUUCGUCCGUGCGCAGAGACGCGCGUUUGGACGACUUUGAGAGAUCGUCUCGUCGGGAUUCUCGAAGAUCCUCCAUCGACAGCGACGCUCAGAUCAGGAAGACUCCUGCGAGAGAGGUGUCGGCCAGGAGAAACCAAGAAACGGAAACUAACGAGGUCGUGACUCGUCCUGCGUCCAGAAAUCAACCGAGUCGAGAUCCCUCCCGCGAUCGAGAACCCCCGAAGAGAGAGCCCUCCUUGAGGAGAGACACCCCCGUCGACGAAGUAGAAAGAUCUCCCGCUAGACGAAGCUCGGGUAGAUCGUCCUUCGAUUCCGAUAAUCAGAGCAGCAGAAAAACACCCUCUCGCGAGUCUGUUCCUAGAAAAGCCCGCGAAGACGAUCGACCAGUGUCGAGACCCGCCAGCAGAGCUCAGGAAGAGACCAGAGGAGAGGAAGAAAGUUCAGCGAAGAAGGUCAACGAGAUCAAACAACAGGAGAAAACCGUCCCUUCGCGGAGGGAAGAAAAACGCGAAGAGGAUCGUUCGAGGACCAAGAAUACCAGCGAGAGGACCACGAUGGAGAUCCCAGAAGAAGAAUGGGCUUGCGAGCAUUGUACUUUCAUAAACAACGUGAAGGACCGUGUUUGCGUGGUUUGCUGCAAGACCAAGAGCAGUGCGCUGCCUCCGAGCAAUCCAGAAAACUCGGAAGAUGUCCCGAGCGUUUUGAGCGAAGUUCCCAAAAGCGAAUCGGCGGCCAGCAAUCCUAGCAACCCUAGUCCAGAUCUGGAGAAACGAACGAGCUUGCUAAAAAUUUCGAACAGCGAAGAAAGCGGGGACAGUGGAUCCGCAAAGAACAAAGAUACGCAAGAAAAUUCGCUCGGUGAAUCUCCGAUAACGCAAAAUGCUACAGUAACGACAAAAAGUGUGUCAGCGUCUACUGACAACACCGACGCAUCGAAUAACACAAAAGUAAGCGUCGAAGAUCCAACAAAACGACCGAUGCUCGGAAAAAUUGCAAAGAGCCAUUCGGUUUCCACCGGAACCUCCCCACCGCCGCAGAGCAUUUCCACUCAAACGUACGACUACCUCCCAGUCAGAGGAAGCGCAGGUUUCGUAAGAGCUGCAUCCACCUCGAAGGGAUUAUUGUAUUAUGAGGACAGCGACGCAGAGGAACGAUCCGGAGCGUCUGUUCCAGGAGCAAAGCAGGUUCGUAAACAGCCCAGAACUGUACCCGCACACGAUCCAAGAGCAAUAUCUUCAGCAACUGAUCGGCGGGCCGAGCAGGGACCGUACGCGACGAAACUCCAUCGACUCCACCCACCUUUAUUACCGUUCCAGGAAGGUACAUCUUACGACGAUCGAAUCCUUCUUGUUCGUCGACCCUGCAUCACAUUUUACAUUGAAUCCAGCCAGCCAAGAUUCCUAGAUGCUGGUCCCAGUUCCCAAGGCGUUUCAACUUUGACUCGUCAGGGUCUGGAGAUCGUGGAGCUGCUACGAGACGCUGAAAGACUCGGUUACUCCACGGACGACGUGCAAGUGGCCUUGUCACAGGGCUCUAGCAACCCUAUCGACUGGCUGAAGACGCAGUGGCCUCAUCUGGUGGAAACUGUACAAGUUCUGGUAACCACUCAAGGAAAGGAGCUGAAGGAGAACAAUAUCGGAGUGCUUUCAGCGACCGAGGCCAAAGAAGCAUUGAGAUUGACGAAGGGAGAUGUUUGGAACGCUGUCGCCAUGGCGAUUCAGCGGAGACAGCUAAAGUACGAGGAAAUCAUGAAAAAGGGCAACUUCACGACGGCGGAGGUGGUGAAGGCGUUGGAGAAUAAUGCCGGCGCCGAGGACGCGGCUUUGUUCGAGCUGCAAAAGAAUCAGUUGAAACCGUUCUUGAUGAGGAUUUGGGGUCCUCCGGUCGGGGUGGAAAACGACGAGGCUGCACCGCGGGAAGAUGCGGCAGGUGCGGUCGGUGGAGAGGGUGUUUCCGAACAGGUUACCAACGUGUCGGACUCGGAAGCCAGGAAGCAGGUAAUAUCACCAAUCGUUGAAAAUUUCGUCGCGUUGCAGGCCGACUUUCAAAAGCAACUGGCAGCCCUCAGACAAAUGACCGAUAACUGGCAACUUGACAAAGACCCCCUUAACACGCUCGGUAAUAAGCCUGAUAAUCUGUAUCGAAAUAACGCUGACGAUCGAACCGUUCUAAUCGAUAAAAAUCUGGUCCCAAGGGCCGUACAAGACCUCGAAGUAGCCAACACUGCUCGCGUUAAGACAUUGGAGAACGAAAGGAUGUUCGUCGAAAACGAUAUCAAAGCGCCGAUAGUUAACGAUGAUACCGUAGUUGAGAACACCAUCAAAGACUGUAUUCGAAAUAAUAAUUCUAUGACAAAUUUGAUCGAGAAAGAGAAACUGAGGCUGUCGGAAAAUUUGUUGAAACAGGAUUCGAAUAUCGUGAAAGAGAUUUCUGACAAGGAUAAUCGAUCAACGAAAGAUGAGGCUAAACAGACUGAUGUACCCACUGUAACUAAGGAUACUACAAUUGACAAUUCCAUAAAAAGUUCGGGAAAAGAAGAAAGUGCAGAACCCUCAGAAAAUUUGAAAACAAUCUCAACUUCCAAAGAUGACAAAGUAGAAAAAACAAAUACGUCUAAAGGGAGUAGUCAAAAUGCUUCUACGAACACUAUCGAAAAGACCUCGGGUGCGACAGAAGAGUUAUUGCAAGAAAAUCUGAGGAGCAAAACAGCGGAGGUAUUAUCGAUUCUCAAGAAAGACUCGAAGCAAACAAGGAACAUCGAUCGCGGUGAAAAUUCAGGAGAAAAAACCGUCUCCAAUGUCGAAAAAGAUAAGUCGAAGACAGUCGAUGCUGUAUCGAAAUCAGAUCUAGAUGAAACGGUAGAAAGCGUGAACGUAGAAGUGUAUCAAGGAAAAGACAAAGAAUCGCGCGUUACGUCCCAAAAGAGUUCUGAUCCUUCGGAAAGCAGCGCGCUAGCGGAUAAAGCUGCAUCUUCACGCUCGAACAAAGACGAAACGUCCCAAAAGGUUUCAGAUCCUCGACAAAGGACAGUGGACGAAGAUAAAGAUCCUUCAUCGAGUAUUCUUUCGCGAUCCGACGCGCAUGUGGCAGAAAAUUCGUUACGAUCCGAGGGGGCUAAUUUAACAAACCAGAAGAUGGAACAAGAGUCUCCGAAGGUCCCGAUAAAACCAAUUAGCGCUUCUGGUUCGUCCGAUGUGACGAAGUUGGAGCAGAGUGGAAAGAUUAUGCAGGGACAGACAGUUUUGACGAAGGAAAUUAAUGCAAAUGAAUCGAAGGACGAGAAAUUGAAGGAGAACAAGGACCAAGUUUCCGUGGAACCAGUUACUUCAGAAACAUCAGCUGUUGAGAAGAUUGGCGGAUCAGAGACCGAACCGAGUAAAAUAAAUUCGAAAGAGAUACCAGGUUCAGGGGCAACCAAUGAAGCAUCGAUGGUUGAAAACGAUGCUGUAACGCGAUCGAAUACCAAAAAUGAGAACAGCAACGAAACGCAAGUGGCCUCCGUGGAAGCUCUGAUAUCGGCAGUGAAAUCGUUGCCGGAACAAUUGCUGGGUCCCUUCAUAUCGGCAAUGCAGAUGCUGUCUCCGAGAAGAUCGAACCCCGAAGUUGAAAUUUCCGACGAAACGGCGGGAGGCAACAUAGAGGGGAAAGCAGAUAACAACUCGGAAGCCCGGAGAAAAGUUGCGACGGAAGAGAAGAAAGGAGACGCUGAAAUGGUGGAAUCCGCAACGAGCGCAGAAGACGUCGAGAAACUGCGAGAGCUCGGAACGGUAGGUAGAGAGAAAGACAAUGGCGUUUCUGGUAGCGUAGAAAAGGGAACAAUAGCGGAGGCAAAAUUUGACGACAGCCGGAUCCCAAAUGACGCGAAAGUAACGCAAUCGCGGAGCGACGAAAUAAAGGAAGCCGAAGCGUCGAAAGUAAGUUUGCCGCGUUCCCCGGAAAUUGUCGGCCAGGAUGUUAACGAAGAAAGAGCGUCGAACGUUCGGCAAACUGGUACAAAAGUAUCGUUGACGAAGAACGAUUCAUCCGACGAUCAUUCGAGAGGUUCCGAGAUUCGUGCGCAGAACGAUCGAUCAUUCUCGUCAAAGGAAGCGGGCAGCUCUUCCGUGAACGACAUCAAAGAUUCGCGCGCUAACAAUGCAUCUUUCACGACCGAUAACGCGAUGAGACACAACGAGACCAUUGCUGCACAAUCAUUAUCGAACGAAACGUCAUCCUGCGUCGGUGAAUCAUCAUCAUCUAACAUGCGAACGCGUUGCGUCGCGGCGACCGACGCCGAGCGUGUGAAAUUAAUCGAUGCCAGCUUGGUUGCUGAUAACGACCGCUACGUACUUGUUUCACAGCACAAAUUGCUUGACAGUAAUACCACUAAUUUGUCCGCAACGGUUACCGAGCCUUGUAAUACGAACGACAAUUCCCCGCUUCCCGUUUCUGUCGAUGAAAAAGUGUCUAACGUCGAAAAGAAUCUUCGAGAUUCUCAACAGGGUUCUCGCGAACUUUCGAUCGAUUCUAAAGUCAUAGAAUGCGAUUUUGAAUCUGACGAUACUUUAAGAGAUUCUAAAAGGGUCGAAGAGACUUCGAACAAUGGAGAAGCAGUUAUGAACGAAGGUUUGAGAGAUCUUGAAAAGCUUCACAACGUUUCUGUAGACUUUGAAAUUUCGGAGGACAAAGCAGUUGCUCAAGAAACUUCUAAUGAUUCUGGAAUCGUUGACCUCGAGGUAAAAGAUUCCAAAAUCCCUGUUUCCAAAAAACCUGAGAACGUCUCUCGCGAAAUUUUCGACAAUUCUGGAGUUGCCGAAGAAACUUCAGAUUCUGAAAACCUUGUUCCCGGAAUGAACAAAGAUUUCAGAAUCCAUGAAGUUCCCAAAACCCUCGAGGACGAUUCUCACGAAAUUUCGGACGAAUCUGAAGUCUUUGAAGAUUGCAGUACUCUCGUGGAAGAUUCUAAAGCGACCGAUUUAACGACCGUUUCCUCCGAAGUUUCGAAGAAUCCUGAAAAUAUUCCGUUAGAGAGUAAAAUCCUCGAAGUGACAGUAGAUUCCAAAAACAAUGACGAACUUUCUGCAGAUCCAAGAAUAACUGAAACCUCAAAGGAUUCUAAAAGUGUCCCACGCGAAGUUCCCAAAAAACCCAGCAAAAAUGACGUGUUCCAAGAGUCGAAAAUAUCCGAAGUUCCCAGCAGACCCAAACUAAUUGUCCAAGAAAUGAAAACUCCGUUGCACGUAUCCGAAAAAGUAGAGCAGCCCAUCUCCGUCGCAUGCCACAUUCCCAACGAUAAAAUCGAUACUCGUCCAAUAAGUUGUGGAAGUAAGUCCCUCGAUUCUGAAACGAACCUUCGGCAAAUUAAUGUUCAGUCGAAAGCAGAAGUAAAUGAUCAAUCAACAUCAACAUCCGCGGAGAAAAUCGACAAGCUGACAAAAAACGGAACCAAUAACGAUGUCUCGACGAUCGCGAAGCAGAAUUCGAGGGAAAUAAUUGAAACGAACGAUUCAAAGGUAGAAAAAUUCCUUGGGAACGAUCAGAAGAUUCUAUCCGCAAUUCCAUCCUCGAUAUCGAACGACCUCGACGUAAACGAGGCUUCGAAAGCCCUCGCGAAUACUGGAUCGACAAUUUUAACUAUUUCGAGUGGCUCUCGUAUUACCGAUCCCUCGUCAAACUCGCAUACUUUGGCCACCGAAUUUCCCUUUAACAAGCCGAAUUCUGCGAGCACUGACAAAAUUCUAGAAACUCUCGAUAACGUUACCGAUGUGCUUAACGAAUCGAAAACCGACAUUAAUUCCGACACUAUUAAUAGCGUUCAGAAUAAUUAUGAUAAGACACGCGAUAACGUUGAACCUUCCUGUAACGGUAUUGCAAAAGAUUCUAGUAACAAUACGUCCCAUGUGUUACCCCUUUCUGGCGAAAAUGGAGAAGUGACUGAACUAGCUCGUUCUGAUAAUUUCAAUUUAAAUGUAGUAGAAAAUCCUCCUGAAUCGGUUUCAGUUGUGCAAGAAAUUAAGUGUCCUCUCGUAAAAACUGUUAGUGCGACUCUCCCUGUAAUACCUGCGAUUACAGAACUCGCAGUAGAAGAAACUGUUAUUCCUAUCGCGAAUUCAAUUGAUGUCCAAGAAAUUAAACCUGUCAUGAAAAAUGUUAAUGAAUUACCAGUACCUGAAAUUACAGAGAUUGAAGUAACAAAACCUGAUACCCCUAUAGUGAAUUCGAUUAAUACCCAAGAAACCCAACAUUCUAUCGUGGAAAAUAUUAAUGGAUUCUGUCCAGAGGUACCUGAAGUAGAGAAUAAAGUAACUGAUACCCUAUCUGUGAAUUCGGUUAAUACCCAAGAAAUUAAACAUCCUGUGGAAACUGUCGACGAAACACCUUCGAUACCUGUAGAACUCAAAACGAAAGAAUCUGUUAGUUCUAUGGAGAACGUGAGUCUGACCGAUUUUCGAGAAGUUAAAUACUCCAUCAUGGAAAAUGUUAGCGAAGUAUCUCCGGGAGUGGCCGAGAUCAUAGAGAUCAAAAUAACGGAGUCUCCGAUGAUAGCAGUGAACGACUGCGCUCCAAUUAACCUGCUAGAGUGUGCGGAAAAUAAAACCGAUGAGGAAUCGAUGAAAUCGCGACUAGAGAGUGUAAUGGCGGAAGCUAUUACGAUUUCGAGAGAAAGCGCGGUUAACGUCCAAAAUAAUAACGAAGCUGAUGCAAAUGAAAUUGGCAAGAAGGUACCGCCGAAGGAGAGAUCCAAAUCGCCGGCGAAGAAGGUCGGCAGAAGGAGGUCUCCCGUGAAAGUGGUCAAAAAACCGACCGGUAUACCUCGACGAAAUUUCGGAAAGAUUAGCCCGAAAGGUAGAAUGGUCGCCAAAGUAAAAGAGGUUACGGAGCCGACUCGCAGAUCGACCGUAUCCAGGAGAAGUCCGAGGGAGAACCUGGCAAAGAGUUCGAAAGUCCAGGUCGGAAACGUCUCUUCGAAUAUCACGGCGAGCAAAACGAAACCAUCGUCCACUAAUCAAAAGCAAAUUUCAAAGGCCUGCAACUCGAGGCCCCCUGAAAAGAGAUCGACUAUCCUGAGAACGCUGUCGAAGGGCUGCGAGCAAAUUAGAAAAUCGAUCAUGCAGUCUGCCGACAAAAAGACAGAGCAGGUUUCGAGGACGAAAGAAAAACCGAAAUCGUUCCUGUCGAGAAUCCCCGUGUUCACCGCGAGGUUUCAGCAACAGUCUCGUAAAAGUUCGCAGCCAAUUUCUAAGAGAGCUAACGAUUUGAACGACGCAAAGAAAAUGAACGGUCAGCAAGCUGCCAGAAAAAUUGGUACGCAGAGUGUUCCGAAGAUUGGAACCGGACGAGAAGCUCCGAAGAAAGUAGACGGUUCCAGGCACGGGAAUGUAGACGUAAAAAAUGCAACUGUCCAGAUUUCCGCGGGUAAGAAAACCGGAAACGAGAAGAAACCUCAGGCGAAGAAUGCUGAACCAAAUGUAAUCGUAGCUGGCAAAGAUUCAGCGAUAUCCAGUGACUUGGACUCGGAGAGCGACUCUAGCAAAGAAUACUCGUCGGGAGAGGACUCCGAUGUGGACAGCGUAUCGGAUUUUGAAAGCAUCGUGGAGUCCGAUAUAUCCAGCACGGAUAAACAAUUUUCCGACGACGCUUUGGGCAGCAUGGAGGAAUUAACCGACGCCGAGAUCCUCCUGCAGGAAACCAUCAACGCGAUAAAGGCGAAGAUAUCGGACUCCGAGUUCGAGGGAUCCGAGAGCGAGUCUCUCAGCGAUAUGGAAAGCCAGGAUGCCUCUAAUUCCAGCGAAACUUACGCGGACGUGAAAGACUCCUCGCUGGAUGAGGAAGAACAAUUAGAGGAGAAUGAUGAGCAGAGUUUUAACGACGAAACAUCCGACGAAGAUGAAACUUUGAAAGCGGACGAACAAAAGACUUACAAGUUAAACAAAGUUACUUCCAAGAAGACUCCUUCGGCGAAGUCCAAAGAUCAAUUAAUAUCGAAAACGGAUACGAAUGACACGGUCAAGAAGUCCGUCGAAACGAGUAAAUCGAGAAGUAACGAUAUCGGGGAGAAGAAGAGAAUCGAUGCGAAGGGUGAGGUAAAAAUGGCGAAGCGGGCGAGCGAAAAACGAACGAAAAAUCGCAGAGCGAGUACGGGCUGCGACAGGGGGUCGGAUCAGGGAGAAACGUCGAAGAAACGAUUCUCCCUGGUAGCCAGUUGUAUCCAUCGGUUCGAGGGUGAAGAGAAAACGGAAAGGGAGUACGUGGAUAGUAGAAGCGGCAACUCGAAGACGGGGGUAUCUCCCAAAACGGAACGGGAGAGAAUAGCGCGUCGCUUGUUAGCCGAGGGUAAAGCAUCAAAUUACGAUGAAGCGGAAGUGGCUGCUAGUUUACUUGCGCUGAAAUUCGGAGAUGUUGAGGCUCUUCAAGCGGCUAAAGAAUGUUCCAGCGUGGAAUCGGCGUUGGCUUUCUUGCAACAGGAAUGCGAGCUGUGCACGGGUCGCUUUGCGAUGAGUCAGAUGGUAUCGAUGCUGAAAUGCGUGCACCGUUGCUGCAACGAAUGCGCGAAAAACUACUUCACCAUCCAAAUCAGCGACAGGAACAUCACGGACGCGGUGUGUCCGUUCUGCAAGGAACCUAAUCUCAAGGAUGCCAACGAAGACGAAGUCCUGGAGUACUUCAGUAAUUUGGACAUACAGCUGAAGACACUUCUAGACCCGCCUAUUCACGAACUCUUCCAGAGGAAACUGAGGGAUAGAACGCUGAUGCAGGAUCCCAAUUUCAAGUGGUGCAUUCAGUGUUCCAGCGGAUUUUACGCGGAUCCAGACCAGAAACGAUUGAUCUGUCCCGAUUGUCGAUCUGUUACCUGCGCUCAAUGUCGAAGACCGUGGGAGAAACAGCAUCAAGGAAUUACGUGCGAGCAGUUCGCCGCUUGGAAAGAUGAGAACGAUCCGGACAAUCAAGCCGCAGGCUUAGCCAAGCAUCUGGCAGAUAAUGGGAUAGAUUGUCCUAAAUGCAAAUUUCGCUACUCUUUGUCCCGAGGAGGUUGCAUGCAUUUCACGUGCAGUCAGUGCAAGUACGAGUUUUGCUGCGGUUGUGGUAAGGCAUUCAUGAUGGGAGCGAAAUGCUCGGUCAGUCCGUACUGCGCUAAGCUGGGUCUUCACGCUCAUCAUCCGCGAAACUGUCUGUUCUAUCUUCGAGAUAAGGAGCCCGCUCAGUUACAACAGCUGUUGAUAGAUAAUGGAAUCGCCUUCGACACACAAGGUCCGCCUGGAGAACGCAAGUGCAAAGUGCAAUUACAGAAAGAAACUCCCACCGGUGUCGUGGACGCGAUAUGCAACUCGGACGUGGUUGACGGACACGCUGGUCUCUGCAGGAUCCACUACAUAGAGUAUCUAGUUCGAUUGAUUCGGAAAACCCAACUGGAACCACUGUUAUUGCUAAAUAUAGACGAUCUCGAGACUUGCGUGAGACGUGCAGGGAUAAAAUUGCCACCGAAUUGGCAGCACUACAUUGAAUACUUGGCGGGCCUGGUACUGAAGGGCAAACUGGAUCCCGUGGCGAUCUUUGACUUGAACGAUGCCAAGCAAGAACUGCGCCGCCGGGGAAAAGUUCCCCCUGCAAAGGACCAGGAAAUGUCCGAGCGGGAUUAUCUUGAGGCGUGCAUUCAGGUUGUACGAAAAGAGAUUCCACUGGAGUAAAUGGAAGGACAAUUAACGCGCGACUUUGUACGAUUCCCUCUUGAUGCAUGGUGUAUAGUGUAUUUAUUUUAUUAUAUGAAUAGCGAUGUAGAGAACAGUUUAUAAUUAAAGUGAAUAAAAAUUGA